ACCAAAAUGCCUCCUGUCCUGUCGUCCGUCCCCGCUCCCCGGCUCCCCCUCCCUCCCCCGUCGUCACCACUCUCCUCCUCCCAUUGGUUCCUCCAAGACCGAAACUUCGGAUAGGCCGAUCCCUUUUCUCCGCGUUCCGAGUGAACGGUUCCACCCAAGCGGCGAGUCAAGGUCUUCUCCAAAUCUUGGGAUCCCAGUCCAGUGAGAUCAUUAAAAACGUGUAAAAGCUUUUGCAGGAUGGAAUGGGAGACAGUUACCGUGGUCGGUUCUUGUUCUAAGCCAUGCGGGCCGUUGGAGGAGUACUGCAUUCCAGAUUACAUUCUGAAGCCAGAUGCUGAACAAGUACUUGUCGAACAUGCUCCGCUCUGUCCUGUAGUAGUGUUCAUCAACUCUAGAUCUGGUGGGCAACUUGGAAGUAGCUUGAUCAAAACAUACCGUGAAGUUCUCAAUGAAGCACAGGUUUUUGAUCUCUCAGAAGAGGCUCCAGAUAAGGUGUUGCACCGUUUAUAUACGAACCUUGAAAGGCUCAAGAUUGAAGGAGACAUUCUUGCUGUUCAAAUUUGGAGGACGCUGAAGCUAAUUGUUGCAGGGGGCGAUGGUACAGCAAGCUGGCUGCUUGGGGUAGUCAGUGAUCUAAAGCUUGCCCACCCACCUCCGGUCGCAACUGUGCCUCUGGGAACAGGAAAUAACCUUCCCUUUUCAUUUGGAUGGGGAAAGAAGAAUCCUUGUACAGACCAAGAGGCUGUAAAAUCAUUCCUUGGGCUAAUGAAGCAUGCAAGAGAAAUUAAGAUUGAUAGUUGGCACAUCAUGUUGAGAAUGCGAGCUCCAAAAGAAGGUCCAUGUGAUCCUAUUGCUCCAUUAGAGUUGCCUCAUUCUUUGCAUGCUUUUCAUCGUGUGUCAAGUAGUGAUUCCCUUAAUAUGGAAGGUUACCACACAUUCCGUGGAGGAUUUUGGAAUUACUUUAGUAUGGGGAUGGAUGCAGAAGUGUCUUACGCAUUUCAUACUGAAAGGAAGAGGAAUCCAGAGAAGUUCAAGAACCAGCUGACAAAUCAGGGUACAUAUGCUAAGCUUGGACUUAAACAAGGAUGGUUUUGUGCUUCUCUAAGUCAGCCAUAUUCAAGGAAUAUUGCUCAACUUGCAAAGGUAAAGAUCAUGAAAAGAGCUGGUAGUCACUGGGAAGAACUUCACAUUCAUCAUAGCAUUCGAUCAAUCAUCUGCCUGAACCUGCCUAGUUUUUCUGGAGGUUUGAAUCCUUGGGGCACACCUGGCACGAGGAGAGUAGCAGAUAGAUAUUUCACUCCGCCUUUUGUCGAUGAUGGCCUUAUUGAGGUUGUUGGCUUCCGUGACGCCUGGCAUGGGCUGGUUCUGCUGGCUCCUAAUGGACAUGGCACUCGCCUUGCGCAGGCCCAUGGAAUCCGUUUCGAGUUCCACAAAGGUGCGGCUGAUCACACGUUCAUGAGGGUCGAUGGGGAGCCAUGGAAGCAACCCCUUCCGAAGGACGACAACACCGUCGUCGUGGAGAUUUCUCACCUCGGGCAGGUCACCAUGCUGGCGAACGAGCCCUGCAGGUCCAGGAGCAUCAACGACCCGUCAUCACCAUUGGAGGCUCACAACAGCCAUGGCGAUAACAAGGACAACAUGGACGACGAGGACGAGUGGGAGGAUGGCAAGAGGAAGUUUGGGGCUGCCGAUACGUUCAAGAUUCCUGACGAGAUCGACAUUGCUCAUCUCAGUUGAGCUCGAAUUCUGCAUUUCUGUUUGCAUUGUGAUCAUACGCGGAUGAUUUGUUUUUUCCUUUGAAGUGAUACUUCCUCUGAUCCUAAAUAUAGGUCCAUUGGGAUGAACAUGUCUCCAAUAUGAUACUUUGACUAAAAAUAUGUAUAUAAAAAUAUUAUUUUAAAUAAAAAAAUUAUAUAUAUAAUAAAAGUACUUUUCAUGAUAAA